AUGACCACUACAGCAGAAGAAGCCCUCGCUCGUGCCAAAGCAAUUGCGUCUCGACUCUCGGGAUCGAUAGAGGCGAACGGCCAACCCCCUAUCUCUGCAUCAUCAGCGAGACCCAAGCGUAACCGAUGGGGUGUUGCUCCCUCCACUGUAGCAGCAACGCCAUCAUUACCUGGACUGGCCGCCAUUCAAGAGCAAGCGAAGAAGAAGCAAAAGACUGCGGCUGAUGAAUCUAGCAAGAGAGUUUGGGUGAAGACCACCGCGGAACGACCAGAGUCUCAUUUCUAUUCCUACUUCUCCACACGCCUAGGAAAUAUUGCUGAGGAUACCAACAAGGAAGAAGGUAUUAAGGACGACGCCUCCACAGAUGCUUUGAAAAUCUUGUUGAAAGGACGAGGAUCGACCAAUAAGCCUGCUCCUCCAGGUUUUCCUGAAGAGCCAAUGCACAUUUUGAUCUCUGGACCUGACGCAUUGGUAUCCAAGGCAGACAUACAGGUGGAUAAUUUGCUUAUUGAAGCCGAACGCGCUCCACCCGAGAAUAUUCCUCCAGAGACUGAAGGGGAAGAAGGCACUCACGAUAAUAAUUUGGCGCUGACGACGACAGGAUACCAUUCGUCGGGAUAUCGUCCGGCAACGGUAGCUCAAAUGAUUUCCAACAAUCCCGUUAUCAACAACAUGGGAGGAAAUUUGAUUGAGGAAGAAAUCAAGGUUCCAAAUGGCAUUGUAGGGUUUCUUAUUGGAAGAGGAGGGGAGACAAUCUCUUCCAUGCAGGCACGAUCUGGCUGCAAGGUGCAGAUUCAAAAGGAGCAUGAGCUUCAGCCAGGACAAACACAUCGUGUAAUUACGUUGCAAGCCACCGCACAGGAUUCCGUUGACCAGUGCAGAGAAUUGAUUGAAUCGAUGGUACAAGAUCGUAUUCGUGCGGCUGGAGGAGGGAUGGGUGGUGGAAAAGACAUGAAAGUCAACGAAGCCGUUUCUAUGGGCCAUGCGUUGGUGAAAGUCGAAGUUCCAGAUGCAGAUGUCGGUUUGAUCAUUGGGAAGGGUGGAAGCACGAUCAAGUCCAUUCAAGAAUCUACUGGAGCGUCUAUCCAGAUCCCGCCGUCUGGAAACGAUGACAAUCCAACCGUGCGGACUAUCAGUAUUACCCACCCGAACGAGCAUGGAGCCAACGCUGCGAAACAACAGGUCGAGCAUGUGCUGUCCAGCAAACCUAGCUAUGCGCAGGCUUCUGGACCUCAGAUCACUAUCGAGAUUAUGAUUCCCGAUAAGGAUGUUGGGUUGUGCAUCGGCAGGGGUGGGUGUGUCAUCAAGGAGAUGCAAAAUAAAUCUGGAACUCGUAUCCAGGUUCCCAGCUAUCCUACUCCAGGGCAGCCUCAUCGUGUUGCUACUGUUAGUGGAACCAAGGAAGGUUGUGCAAAAGUUCAAGGAAUGAUCGAUACAAUCAUCAACCAGCAAUCAUCUACUGGCAUCAUGGGCAACGGAAAUCAGUAUUUGGGACAACAGUUUUACGGCCAAUCAGUAGUAGACCAGGGUGGACAACAUUCCGCUGAAUGGCAGGCGUACUACGCGGCACAAGCUGUUGCUAAACAGCAGGAAGCUCCAGCUCCUGCUGUGGCAGCAGCACCUGCUCCCGCAUCGGAUGCGUACUAUGAACAGUUCUUUCGAUAUUCCUACUACUAUGGCGAGGAUGCCGCUCGAAAGCACUACGGAGCUUGGUCACCGCCAGUCGGCACUCCCAAUCCAUACGGUGUCAAUCCAAAUGGCAUUACUGCAGCUCCUGGGGCUGCACCGGCUCCAGCACCAACCCCAGCCCCUGCCGCGGCUCCACCACCGCAGCAACAAGAUGUCCGAGACACAGGGCGAAGAGGCGUCUCGAAUUUGCCUGCAUGGAUGACACGGGGGAAUUAA